AGGAGGGUUGGAUGGUUGAUUGCGUGUGCGCCUCGCCCGCUUAUACGCCUAUAAAAGCGCACCUCUUAAAAUGCGCCACUCACAAACUACUUACUCGCCUUCCCUUCUUCGAGACGACAAGACACCAUGGUCGCGAUGAGAGCGGCUGUUGUGGCCGUGGUCGUGAGCAGCCUCGUGGCGCUGUGCAGCGGCUUUUGCACAGUUCGAGAACCCGUUGCUCACGUGGAAACUCACGACGGAGUCCCGGUGCUCGUUUCCAGCGGCUGUUUGGACGAGCAUGACAAGCCCCGCAAGGAGGGUGUCGUUUGGCGGACCAGCGACUGCAUGAGAUGUUCCUGCUCGAGCGGGAGUGUGAACUGCUGCAGCAUUGCGUUCCGGCCCGUAAGUGGUUUCCCUUCGAGCUGUGAGCCGAUCCUCGACACGAAGGAAUGCGUCUACAAUGUGGUGAGGAAGAAGAACCAUAAAGUGAAGUGUCCCCUCUCGGGGCCUCAGGGGGCAGUGGGGAAGUGAACACUGGGCCCGUCAGCAGCCAGCCAGCCCUCCACAAUCCUCACCACCACCAACACCCAAUAACCACGCGCCAUCACAACCACACACCCACCCGCCUCCCCCCCACCAACACUCACAUACCACAACCGACUCCCAUUGACCAUUCACCAUAACCAUAGCACAUCACCCAACAAUACCACACCACGCACCAUCGCCAGAUACCACCAGCUUAUCACAUGCUGCCAUCACCAUCACAGCCACCCUACCAAGUGUUAGGCGGUGCCUCCCUUGGCGCCCACCUCGCCCGCAAUCGCCGUGUCCUAGAAUGUCCACGGCGUCUUUGUCCUCCGUUUGCUGGAGCCCUUAAACAGCCAGAUCUGACGAUAAUUGCUUGGCACGGUGGUGUCUGUACGGCAGCCACCUCCUGCUUGUGUGGGUGGGAGCAGUCCCACAGAUGAUCAGCCGGUUACAAUUUCUGUGUCGCCCCCAACCUCCUGAAGCCCAUUGCUCUGAAUUCGGAACGAUUCGUGAAGUGGAAGUUAGAAAGGGAGGAUGAGGAGUAGGAGAGGUUCAUGCUCGAUCCUAUCUUAGGUUUAUUCCACUAGUUGGUAUUGUUGUUGUUGUUGCUACUCUAUCGCUUGUGUGUUUAUCACGUGCCACGCUUCACAAUCACAUUGCAUGUGCAGUACGUCCGGAGUUUCAGAAGUAGGCACCGCUCCAGGUGCUGUGGUCGAAAUGUUGGGUUCUACUCUGGAAGUUCAGAAUAUAUGAAGUUGAUUUGACAUGCAAUCGGAUGUUCUUCAGCCAUUAUGAGCAACAGCCAUGCUCGAUCCACUGCUGGAUGAAGGCCUCGCAAGCAGUGUCUCGUCAAGACACAAUUUAUGUUUAAUGCAUUUUAGGACAAGCGUGUUUGCCAAGUAAAAUUCAGGGUCUUCCCAAACUCCCGUCGCAUGCUCUCUCUGGGUUUGUAAAUUCCAAGUUUAACAAUUGUCUCCGUUCAAAUACAAAUUAAGUCAUCACAUGCUGCACUCUCCGGAUGAUUGCUAAACGAUUAUUUGAGUUAAUACCGAGAUCCUGUGUGUCCCAAGUGAGAGAGAGAGAGAGCGCACGUUAGAUGAAUCAUCGCUCUCGUUUGCACGGGACGUGUUGUACCAAUCAUCAGGCACGUGCGGUGUGUAAUGGCUUCGUUUGUAUUUUGAACAUAGAAGACUGGUUAAAGGGGAAAGGUAAAAAGUGGAGUUUGUUAAUCCUUGUCAUAGUUGGGUUCCACUAACCAUUGUGCUGCCUUGAAGAUGUAUAACCACGUGAUAUUCAUUUAUACGUACUCGGUCAACAUGUAUGCUUGUUAACGUAGGCUAUUAAAAGUCUUAUCAGCAAA